AUGGGAAAACGUAAAUCAUCUUCAAGAAAGGGACCAGCUAAACAGGAACUUUGUGUAGAAUGUAAAAUUGAUCACAACACGAGUAUCGGGAAAAUUUAUUGUCGCUUGUGUAAUGAACAUUAUCAAAUGACAGUCAAUCACCUUCAUGAAGCCAUUGAUGUUUACAAUGCUUGGAUUGAUGCUUGUGAUGCACAAAAUGGAAUUACAUGUGGAGAUAACAAAAAAGGUUAUGAUUGA